UCCUCUCCCCAGAGCAAGAUGAGCUUGCUGCGGCUUUUUUGGUUCAGUCUGUAGGCUAAAGAGUGAGAGCUCAACCAGGAGGUGGAGUAACGUUGCUUUUCUUCUCAGCGGGGCCAGACAUCAGCUGCAAUGUUGCGAUUGAGCUGAAAUAACACUAUCUGUUGACUGUAAUACAUGACAGCUCUCUGCAAACAUGGAGCUUCACAAAUCUGUGACCUUUUGGAUAUUUUGUUUGUGCCUAAUUGGAGAGAGUGCUUCUGAAAAGCAAAGUUUAUUUUCACCAGAGACUCAAAAUGGUGAAAAUGGCCUGUCAGAUUUUUGUCGUAUCGAUGAACCACUAUGCAAAGAUAACAAUGCCGUUCUCACCUAUGAGGCCAUCCGUAGUAUCCAUAAGCAGAUGGAUGAUGAUGCAAACGGCAACGUAGACGUAGUAGAGACUGAUGGCUUCCUUCGAGAAGAUCUUAACUACCACGACCCCAAAGCCAAGCAUAACAGUUUCCAUGGCGAUGACCAGUUCAUCAGYGUGGAAGACUUGUGGAAUGCCUGGAAAGGUUCUGAAGUGUAUAAUUGGACAGUUGAUGAAGUGGUGGAAUGGCUCAUCACCUAUGUAGAAUUACCUCAGUAUGUGGAUGCAUUUCGCAAGCUGACUUUCAAUGGAAGUGUUAUGCCAAGGCUGGCUGUGAAGAACACCACUCUGACAGUCUCCAUUCUGAAGAUUCUGGACCGCAGCCAUGUGCAGAAACUUCAGCUCAAAGCUUUGGACACGGUGCUUUUUGGACCACCCCUCAAGAAUCGACACAACCACCUGAAAGAUUUCAUGCUGGUGGUGUCGAUAGUGAUCGGAAUGGGUGGCUGCUGGUUUGCCUACAUCCAGAAUCGUUACUCAAAGGACCACAUGAAGAAAAUGAUGAAGGACUUGGAGGGUCUCCAGCGGGCUGAGCAGAGUUUGCAUGACCUACAGCAGAAGCUGCAGAUUGCCCAGGAGGAGCAUCGGACAGUUGAAGUGGAGAAGGUGAACCUGGAGCAGAAGCUGAGAGACGAGAUAAACGCUGCAAAGCAAGAAGCUCAGCGACUGAGAGAGCUGCGAGAAGGCUCAGAGAACGAACUGAGUCGGCAGAAGUAUGCAGAAGAAGAGCUGGAACAGGUGCGCAUGGCUCUAAAGAAAGCUGAGAAGGAACUGGAGUCUCGAAGCGGCUGGUCUCCUCCAGAACCUCUUCAGAAGUGGUUGCAGCUCACCCACGAGGUCGAGGUGCAGUACUACAACAUCAAGAAGCAAAAUGCCGAACGGCAGCUCCUGGUGGCCAAAGAAGGGGCUGAAAAGAUCAAGAAAAAGAGAAACACUCUCUUUGGGACAUUCCAUGUGGCUCACAGCUCCUCACUGGAUGAUGUGGAYCAUAAAAUCUUGGCUGCAAAACAAGCGCUUGGUGAGGUGACCGCCGCUCUAAGGGAAAGGCUGCACCGCUGGGAGAAGAUUGAGAUCCUCACAGGUUUUACUAUCGUCAACAACCCGGGCCUUCCCUCGCUGGUUUCCACCCUCAAUCUCGACGCCAGCUUCAUGGGCGGCAGAGCCACACCGCAGCACUUCGUCAUGUCUGACGACAUGGACGACUUGGACGAAGGCGUGAUGUCUACUGGAAUCCUGCAAUCUCCCAGUAUGAUGUCCCUGCGCCAACGCCACAUUGACCCCCUGCUGGCUUUGGGUUCCCAGAGGUUGGUAGAGAGUUCCCUGCUUGCGGAGCAGCAGGGAGAGGGCAACCCUUACCCGUCUAAGCCUAGGCCUGCCUUCAGACAGUCUCGAAGUCAUUCGUUCGGGCAACUCGAAUGUCUGCCUCUGCAAACUCUCUCCUCAGCUGUGUCUCACCCAUCAGUCAUCUGCUCUUUCAACCCGAUCCCUCAGUCUGUGCAGUCCUUUUCCUCUUCCUCCUCCUGCUUGCCCAGCACCGUUGCUGGCGGUGUCGCCCUUCAUUCUUCCCAUGUACAUCAUGCUACUUUCCAGCCCAUGGACCCAAUUCCUGAUUAUAUCUCCAAAGUUCGCUCCUCAUGCAGCGACAGUCUCGGGGAAUUGAACCGCUCCGACUCCGACUCCUCUUUGUCCGUCUCACAAGUCGGCGAUCGGCUCUCGGCCUACAGCUCCAAAAGCCACCUGAUCAAGCCCACCUCUCUGAUGUACGGCCUCUCCGGCCGGGCGGAUGACACCGUCUCCCUGCACUCCAACGGAGGGAACCGGAUUUAUGACGGUGGCGCCACGGAGAACGUCUCCGGAAGCCCCAUCCUCAUGAAGGAGAUCCACCACAUGGAGAAGUCGCCCAGUCUGGGAGAGAUCAGCAGCUUCUCUGAGUCUUCCCGAUCUUUCAGUCCCAACUCAACCGAGCCGGAUACGCCGUCCCCGACGGGUGGCCAGGCGGGGGCGGCGGCAGUGGGGGUUAAGGGCAGCACUUGCAUCCCACAGCUGUCCUCCAAGAAGAGUCCUCUGGAGGAGGACAGCUGCUCUACGGGAGAAGAUACAGAUUCCGCGGUCAUCCGCAAGAAACAUCCCUUCAAAAUCUUCAAGAAGCAGAAGAAAUGAGCAACAUGAACCAAAAGGCUGUCAAAGCUGCUUGACUGUAUUCCUCUAUUUGUCUUUUKUUUCUUCUUCUUUUUGUAAUGUCUUGGGUUUAAUUACAGUCAAAAAGAUGGCACAAUUUGCCGACGUUGCAUUUUACCUGUAGGUUCCGACGCCUGCGUUGAACUGUGUGAGCAACCCGCCGACUGGCUUCCUCUGCUCAAUGGUCCAGCGUUUGAAGCGGAGCGCGGUGGGGCAGGUCUGUACAGUGGAAUGUAAAGUAUUAUUUAUUCCUGCAGGAAGUUGUGCCAGUUCAAAAAGGAAGCGUUUCUCCCUCUUUAUUUCUUCCUUUUUUCUUUUUUUCCCCCCCUCGUUCUACAAUCUGACAUUUUGCAUGUCUUCACUUUUGUUUGACUGAUAUGCUCUUAGUGUUUGCUUGGUUCGUGUUGUUAUCCAGCGUAGAAAACACUCGAUGUUACUUUGAUUACUACCUAGCUGUCUAACCUACAAAUUCAAAUGAAUGCACACUGUUUAUUGCGUUUCGUUACUCUUUUAAAAAAAAAAAUUUUUAAACUGGCAAGUACAGAUUUUUCUGUCAUUUGUUGUCAAAGAAGGGUGAAUAUAUAUACAUUUAGUGGAACUUAAAACACAAUAGAGUGAAAUGAUAGUAGUUUGGCUACACCAAAAUGUUACUAUUUAGACACAGUGUAACAGUAAAGACUUGUAGAUGGAAUUCACAAGAAGAACAUCUGCUAAUGUUAUAAAAUGACAAUCACAUUUUAGGAUAAGGGCAUUUCUUUUUUGUUCAAUCUGUACGUUGAAUUUGUUCAAUCUGUAYAUUAUUGGAAUGGUGCAGGAUCUUUGUUCUUUUUCUUGCUUUAAAGUCCAGCUUUAUUAAACAAUAACCACAGAUUUAAAAAAAAAGUGUUAAAUUAAUUGAAACCUACAUAUGCAUCUCAUUUAAAUUAAAUUAAUAUUGAAAAGUAAAUCCAAAACAUUUAGUGCAAGAAGUGAUGAGAGCUAAACGGGGACAAUUUUGAACAAUUUAUUUCUGUUAAUUUCAGCAUUGUUUCCAGCUAAUGAAAAUCCUAAAUUCUGUAUUUGAGAUCAUAAUGUCUGCAUAUUACAUUUGAUAAAUGUAACAAUCAAAACAGAAGUGUUACAUCAUGGCCAACACGAUUAAGAGGAAGUAUGUUCAAGAUACGUUUUUUUUUUUUUUCUCCACCAUUCUGUCAUUGACACCAAAUGUAGGAUGGAGCCACAAAAGCUAAUUGCUGGCUGCUCUCAGUGCUUUAUCAAAGCCCGGCUUUGAUAAAUCAAUAAAUAAAUCAAUCACAUCCAAUUUAGGGACUUUAUAAAACUUUAAUGCAACUGAUCUUUUUACAUACAAGGGAACCUUUGUGUUCUUGUGUUUCUGGUACAGCCGUAAAUCUGAAGCACAGCCGACAUCUGCAGUCAGCAACGGACGACAAAGCCACUUCUCUUGGCUUUCUCUGGGCUAACAUUUGCUUUGAAAAAAUGAUCUGAUGGAACGAGAAGAGACUGUUGUGCUAAAAGGAGUAAACAGUGAAGUUGUUCAAGCCAAAAAUAGCAUCUCUGUGCUAAACAUGUAGCAACAGCRCAGACGUCACCAGUACCAACGUCAAUGACCACAGUCCACAUUUGUAAAGAAAUUCCACGAGUGAAACACUGGAAAGUAGAACACUUUGCACUAGUUCAGAUUAAAAACAAUUGUUAUUGAGCUGUCUAUUUAUUUAUUCAAUAAUUACAAUAAUUAAUUCAUUACAGACUCUGCAUUUAACUAUUGAAAAUUUGAAUCGAGUCCCACCACUAAUUGGGACUUGAGUUGCAUAUCGCACUCUGAAGCAUAUCGUUCAGAGUGUAAUAUGCUUGGAUAUCACACUCUGAACAACCAGCUUUUGUAAGUAACGAUACUUUACUAACAUCUCCUACACAACCGACAUUCCUGUGAGUUUUCAGGCCAUAACAUUUGUUGUGCUAUAAAAAAUACUUGCAGUCAAAUUUCUUGAGAAGCUGGAUUUAGGGUUUUCAUCAGCUAUGAUAAUUAUUAAAAAAAAAUGUAAGAACCAAUUGAAAUAUAGCAGUGUGUGGAUGAAUUUAAUGAACCGAUUCGCCUCUGCUUUGCAACAGAUGGAUGAAGGUGAUCAGAUCAGAUCUCACAUUUUUGAUCAGUUCUAUUAGGCAAAACUUUAAAUUGCUUCUGCUCUUUUCUGUCUUACUGGUCCCCCCUUUUUCCCACUUCAGUUCAAUGCAACAAAAAAGUAAGUAGUAAUCGUUGUUGGUAAGGGCUACAAUUACAAUAUGUAUUUGCUUAGCUGAAGAAAUUUUUUUUUUACCAUUUAAGAUGACUUUUUAUAAAAGACUACAAGGUGGGGAAGCAAAACAACCAAUCGUGUAAAAGUGCCAAAUCUCUGAUUUUGUCAGAGGCCUUCAAAUUUGUGUUGUGUUUGAUCCCUUCGGCCCCUUUUACCCAGAAUCCAGAGCUCCAGGAUGUGCGCCGUGCUCGUACGUCCCGACUUUAGAUGCUGAAUGUCCCAGGGUAUCGUUACUGUAACAGUACCAUAGGUACAUGUUUACAUUUGUUACAGAUGAGUUCAAUUCUCAGAUUAUUUACAACACAGAAUGUUGUGCCAGUUUUUAAUGCAAGUCGCUUGGUUUUAAGCACAGAGCUAUGCAUCAGUAGUUGUAGUUGAUUUCUGACGAAAUGAGGGCACCGGUCAACUUCAGGGCGCUCCUGUUAAAUGAUCAACCAAAAAGUGCUGCAGAAGACGGUUCGUCCCUCGCCUCGGCCUCGUAGCCGGUGGUUUGAAUGCAGAAGACGUGUUUCAAUUAUUUAUUUCAGAGACCAGAUUAAAAAAUACUUACUGGUACUUCUUAGUUUUUUCUACCUUUCUCCUUUUUGUUUUGUUUAGUUUUUUUCCAUCUGCACGACGGCUGUAAAUUGAAAAUGCCAACUGUGCGCGCGGGUGUGUGUCUGGGUGUCUGUCUCCUCCCAGUAUAUUGCACUGUAAUGUUGAUGCAUGUCAACUACCAUAACAAAACCUAUAUUGGGUUAAAAGAAUGGAUUAGCUUCAGCUCUAACCUUGCUACCCGACUUUUCUUCUCAUUUUUGAGCUUAUAUUUAUGAAUACAUGCAGUAUAUUUGUACAGAGAAAAAUGAUAAUUUUGCAUCUGUGGUGAUCUAGACUUUGAUGGCACUCUUGCAUGACAGCAAUAAAAUAUUUUGAAUG